ACUGAAGCAGGGGCUAAGACCACCACCACCGGAAGAGUAGGAAGGGGCAGCGAUGGGUCAGAACCAGUCCGGCCUCGGCGGGCCCGGCGGACCUCCAGGCGCACCGGGUGGCGAUAACAAGGACAAGAAGGGAGACAAGAAGGACAAGCCCAAGUACGAGCCGCCACCACAACCCACCACGCGCAUCGGGCGGAGAAAGAAGAAGGCAGCCGGGCCUAAUGCCGCGGCCAAACUCCCCACCGUCUAUCCCACCGCCCGCUGUAAGCUCCGUUACCUCCGCAUGCAGCGCGUCCAUGAUCACCUCCUGCUCGAAGAAGAGUUCGUCGAGAACCAAGAGCGCAUCCGCAAAGCCAAAGCGGCCAACGACAAGGCCCCUGCGACCGCCGGUGGCGACAGCGACGCCCUCGACCGCAACGCCGAUGAGCGCAGCCGGGUGGAUGACAUGCGCGGCUCGCCCAUGGGCGUUGGCAACCUCGAAGAACUAAUCGACGACGACCACGCCAUCGUCUCCUCCGCCACGGGACCCGAAUACUACGUCUCCAUCAUGUCCUUUGUCGACAAAGACCUUCUCGAACCCGGCGCCAGCAUCCUGCUCCACCACAAAUCCGUCUCCGUAGUGGGAGUCCUAACCGACGAUGCCGACCCCCUCGUCUCCGUCAUGAAGCUCGACAAAGCGCCGACAGAAUCCUACGCUGACAUAGGCGGGCUGGAACAGCAAAUCCAAGAAGUGCGCGAAGCCGUCGAACUGCCCCUACUGCACCCAGAACUCUACGAAGAGAUGGGCAUCAAACCGCCGAAGGGUGUCAUCCUCUACGGCGCGCCAGGCACCGGCAAAACUCUCCUAGCCAAAGCCGUCGCGAACCAAACCUCCGCCACUUUCCUCCGCAUCGUCGGCUCAGAGCUCAUCCAAAAGUACCUCGGUGACGGUCCGAGACUGGUCCGCCAACUCUUCCAAGUCGCCGCCGAGCACGCACCCUCCAUCGUUUUCAUCGACGAAAUCGACGCCAUAGGCACGAAGCGUUACGAGUCCACUUCAGGCGGCGAACGCGAAAUUCAGAGAACCAUGCUCGAACUCCUCAACCAACUCGACGGCUUCGACGACCGCGGCGACGUGAAAGUUAUUAUGGCGACGAACAAGAUCGAAACCCUCGACCCGGCUCUCAUCCGUCCAGGCCGUAUCGACCGCAAAAUCCUAUUCGAGAACCCGGACCAAAUCACCAAACGCAAGAUCUUUAAUCUGCACACGAGCAAGAUGAGUUUGGCGCAGGAUGUGGACUUGGAGGAGAUGAUUGUCGCCAAGGAUGAUCUGAGUGGAGCAGAUAUUCGGGCGAUAUGUAGUGAGGCGGGUCUGAUGGCGCUGAGGGAGCGCAGGAUGAGGGUGAAUAUGGAAGAUUUCCGGAAGGCGAGGGAGAGCGUGCUUAAGACCAAGAGUGAGGGGGAGCCGGAGGGGUUGUAUUUGUAAGGUGGGUUGGUUUGUGUGUUGUAAGGUAGGGAUGGAGGAAGCGUAAUGUAGUAUAUGUUUUUGGGCUGGGCACCGUGACGAGCCAUAGAACGUUAGCUCAACCACUCCGGUGGUAUUAAGUCAGACAUGGCAUUGGCCGUGCAAUGCC